AUGUCAUUCCUUGAUAUUGAUACCCAUCAAUACAACACUGGACAUCUCUCUCUACCCCACUUUCUACAUCCGUCUGUAACCUCCCCCUCUCUCUUAUUCUCUGUCAAUCCGUCUUUGUUUUUCAUUAAUUUUCUUUCUUUCUUUCUUUCUUUCUUUUUACGGAUUUUUCUUUAUUUUUACCUAUUUUCUUUCUUUCUUUUUACAAAUUUUUCUUUAUUUCUACGUAUUUUCUUUCUUUCUUUCUUUUUACAAAUUUUUCUUUAUUUCUACAUUUUUCCUUAUUUCUACGAAUUUUCUUUCUUUUUAUUUCCAUCUAAGUACUUUUCAUUCUUUUUCCAUAUUUUCUUUUUCUUUCUACGUAUUUCCUUUCUUUCUUUCUUUCUUUCUAUAAUGUCCUUACUUAUUUGUUAUUCUGUGUACAUUCAUUCAUUCAUUUUUUCUUUCUUUCUUUUUUUCUAUAAUGUCCUUACUUAUUUGUUAUUCUGUGUUCAUUCUUUCUUUCUUUCUUUCAGUAGUGUCCUUACUUAUUUGUUAUUGUUUUCAUUUAUUCCUUCUUUUCUAUUCUUUCUUUGUUUCUUUUAUAUCUCAACCCUGUGUAAUUUUCUUUCUUUCUUUCUUUCUUUCUUUCAAUGCAUUUUCUUCAUUUUCAUUUUUUUCAUUCUAAGCAUUUUUUGCAUUCAUUCUUUUUUUCCAACUUGUUUUUUUUUUCUAAUUUCUUUAUUUCUAAGCAUUUUUUCAAAUUUUCUUUUCUUUCUUUGUACGCAUUUUUCUUCCUUUCUUUUUCGUUAUUUUCUAUCUGAGUAUUUUUUUCAUUCUUUCCUUUCAUCCUUUCUAUUUUAUUUAUUUUUCUUUCUUUUUUGUAAUAUUUUUCGUAUUUUUUAA